GAGCGGGCGGAGGAGGCUUCCUCUUCCUGCCGUCCCCGGCUGGGGUUCGUUCCUCCCCCCCUCUCUGUCCGAGGCUUCCCGCGCCUCCAAGAUGGCAUCCGCUCUGGAGCAGUUUGUCAACAGCGUCCGGCAGCUCUCGGCCCAAGGGCAAAUGACCCAGCUUUGUGAACUGAUCAACAAAAGUGGGGAAUUGCUUGCGAAAAACCUCUCUCACCUAGACACUGUACUUGGCGCCCUCGAUGUCCAAGAACAUUCCUUAGGAGUUCUUGCUGUUCUGUUUGUGAAGUUUUCUAUGCCCAGCAUCCCUGACUUUGAAACACUAUUCUCGCAGGUCCAGCUUUUUAUUAGCACUUGUAACGGGGAGCACAUUCGAUACGCAACGGACACUUUUGCUGGUCUAUGUCACCAAUUAACAAAUGCCCUUGUGGAAAGGAAACAGCCCCUGCGAGGAAUCGGCAUUCUCAGACAAGCCAUAGACAAGAUGCAGAUGAACACCAACCAGCUAACCUCAAUACAUGCAGAUCUAUGUCAGCUCUGUUUGUUAGCAAAAUGCUUUAAACCUGCCCUUCCAUAUCUUGAUGUGGACAUGAUGGAUAUUUGUAAAGAGAACGGGGCAUAUGAUGCAAAGCACUUUCUGUGUUACUACUACUAUGGCGGAAUGAUAUACACUGGGCUCAAGAACUUUGAAAGAGCACUUUACUUCUACGAACAGGCUAUAACGACUCCUGCCAUGGCCGUCAGUCAUAUUAUGUUGGAAUCCUAUAAAAAAUAUAUCCUAGUUUCCUUGAUACUCCUUGGCAAAGUGCAGCAGCUGCCAAAAUACACCUCCCAAGUAGUGGGUAGAUUCAUUAAGCCACUUAGCAAUGCCUACCACGAACUAGCACAAGUGUACGCAACCAAUAAGCCUUCAGAACUGCGCAGUCUGGUGAAUAAGCACAGUGAGACGUUCACCCGGGAUAACAACAUGGGCCUGGUGAAGCAGUGCCUCUCCUCACUCUAUAAAAAGAAUAUUCAGAGGUUAACUAAGACAUUUUUAACACUGUCACUAACAGAUAUGGCAAGUCGAGUGCAGCUGUCUGGGCCCCAGGAAGCUGAAAAAUACGUUCUUCACAUGAUAGAAGACGGUGAAAUCUUUGCAAGUAUUAACCAGAGAGAUGGUAUGGUCUGUUUCCAUGAUAAUCCAGAGAAAUAUAACAAUCCUGCUAUGCUUCACAACAUUGAUCAGGAGAUGCUGAAAUGUAUAGAUCUUGAUGAGAGACUGAAAGCCAUGGAUCAAGAGAUCACUGUGAACCCUCAGUUUGUCCAAAAGAGUAUGGGGUCCCAAGAAGAUGAAUCAGGAAGCAAACCAUCCAGUUAUUCUUGAAAAUCACAGGGUUUUUUGCUUGCUUGCUGCUUGUUACAGAGCAAGAAAGAAAAAAGAUAAAGAGAACCAACUUUAGGAUCCAAGUGUUAUAAAGUUCUAUAUAGCAAGCAGAGAAUUGACUGCCUGUUUCACUGGGAAAUUAAGCAAAAUGUAAUCAGCGUCCUCUCGGUACUGUAUGAUUUCCAAAAAUUCUCUGCAAAGAAAGGAAAAAAUCUCAUUCUGUUGUGGAUUUGUUUUGAGAUCAACGUUAAUGCAUUAAAUAAUUUACUUUUUGUUU